AAAAAAAAAUUGUCUGACCGAGUUGUGAGUUAAGCAGCUUUUAAAAUAUUUAUACAUAUAAAGAAAUAAGUUUUUAUUAUUGGUCUGGUGGCCAGGAUAAUACCAACAAUAUUUUUUCGUAAAAAGUGAUUAAUUUAAAAUCAUAUACCCUCCGAAGGAAUAAAUAGAAAUAUAAACCUUCAGCAAAAAAGACUGCAGAAUGGAUCAACGUUUUCGGAAUACUGGAAAUAACAACGGUGGCGGAGGACGCGGCUCAUAUCGCCGCUAUAGCCGUUCUCGUUCAAGAUCAAGAGAACGCGGUCGUGAACAAAUGCAUUACAACAACCGAAGAAAUUCUCGCUCGCGAUCACGUGAUCGUGGGGACUAUAGAUAUAACAUGGAGAAUGAUUUAUAUCGUGAUAUAAUCAAUCAGGAUUACCAAGACUAUGUGUGUGGAGAUAAUUCGCGAGGAAAUAAUAAAUAUAUGUCUCGUGGCUAUGACGAUGACUAUGGAAAUGAUCGUAGUGAUAAUUAUUACAACCGCAAUCGUGAAUAUGACAAUCGAGAUCGAAGAAAUCGUGAUGGCGAUCGUAAUAGGCAACGGGAUGCAAAAAGUUACGGAGGAAAUAGAGGUGGUGGUAAUGAUGGUGGCAAUAGUCGCUAUAACAACCAACAGAGGCGAAAUAAUUCCGCUGACCAAGAUGAUAAUGAUGACAUUGACGAUACCUUGAGCUCCAAUUAUAAUCAAACACCAUCAAAUACGAUUAUUGUUUUUGGACUGCAUUCGCGCAUUACUAAGGCAGAUAUUAUGAGCUGUUUGAUACAAGCUGAUAUGGUUCCGGCAUCUAUUCGUCUUAUACGCGAUCGCACAACAGGUGUAUCACGAGGUUUUGCAUUCGUCGAGUUUAAAACGACUCAAGAAGCUGCACGAUGGAUGGAAUAUACUCAGGGUAUCAUUCAAGUGGACGACACAUGCAGGGCCAACUUGCAAUAUAGUCAUCUAAAGGAUUGGCAUUGCGGCAAGUGUGGUCUCUUAAAUUUCAAACGUCAUAGCAAGUGUGUUAAAUGUCAUGUCUCACGUGAGGAAGGCGAAGAUACUGGGUUUGUGGCGAAUGAGAGCGGUAAAGGUGGCAAUGGCAAUAGCUCAGGCCGUGGCGAAUGGUAUUGUGGCAAGUGCAUUUUCUUGAAUUUUGGACGCCGCGACACUUGCUACAAAUGUUUUGCUUCCCGCGAAGAAAGUGCAUUAGUCAAAGGCAGCGAUGAAAUCAGCAACAUUCUAACCAAAAAAAUUAUGCUACGCAACUUGGAUGUGCUGAGCAACGAAGAAGCUGUUUUAACAGCUAUCACCAAGCAUGCGCCGGAUCUUGCGAAAAAGAUAACUAAAGUCCUUAUAUCUAGAGAUGCCUUAACACAAACUUCGAGGGGCAUUUGCUAUUUGAAUUUUGAUACCCUUGUUGAUUCAAUGGAAAUGCACAACUUGUUAAGUACUCUGGAGCCUCCUCUUACUAUAGACGAUAAAGAAGUACUUGUAACCUAUUGUGUGGAUAAUGAAAAUCGUCAAAUUGCCCUCAAGAAAAAAAGCGAAGGAUCGUCGGGCUCCAAUGGUUCAACGAAACAUCAAUCUGCUGUGAUUGGACCCAUGACAGCCGAAGAGAUAGCUGCGACUUCUGCCAAUUCAACAGAACAAUAUACAUUAGAUGAUGUUCCUCGUUUAGCUGAAUACAGUGCUUCGUUAUAUGCGACAACGCCUGCAGAACAUGCUCAUUAUUUAAAAUACUAUACUGAUUAUUACAUAGCGGAGAUAAGUAAUGGCUCUCACUCCAAUCUACCAGCAGAUAAUCAAGCCAAUUCUGGUGCAGCUGUAGCCUUGUCGGCUAUUAAACGAAAGCAGGCUAUGAUGAACAAGACUGAAGCGAUUGGCACAGCUGCAUCCUCUCGCAUUGCGGGCACUAAUGUAUCAGCUGCAGCAGGUUCAAGACCAGCAGUGGUUACUCCGAAAGGCAACGAUGGCAAAGUAUACCCUACUCCCGAUGUAUCACUUUAUCAAUAUGACGAAACCUCCGGCUACUACUAUGAUCCCACAACUGGCCUGUACUACGAUGCUCAUUCUCAAUACUAUUAUAAUAGUGAAACUGGGGCAUAUCUUUAUUGGGAUCAACGUAAAAGUACAUAUAUACUGGCCACACCAGCCGCUGUUGCUGCAACCGUACAGGCAGCGGUAAAACAGGAGUCAGAGGCGUCUUCCGCCAAUGCCUCAGAAGAAGUAGAUGCCUCCAAAAAAGACAAAAAGGAAGGUGGUGGUCACAAGCACGAUAAAGUUAAAGUGGCUAAAAAGAUUGUUAAGGAUAUGGAGAAGUGGGCUAAGCAAUUAAACCAAAAGAAGGAUUAUGUACCAAUUGCACCGCCACAACAAGCACAAACGUCGGUUGAUGGUGCAAGGCCUUCUACAAGUUCUGCUGGUGCAGGAGUAGGUGUUAGCAGUGGAUAUGCGGAUGUUGGUUUUUCAAUAUUAGAAAAGAAAGCAGGCAACAAUUUCAUGGCACCCUCAACGGUGGGAACAUCCAAUAAGCUUAUACCGGCUUAUGGUUCCGAUUCUGAAGAUGAUGUUCCCCCGCCCGGCAAAUCUAACUUCGCGGAAGCUAGUGAGAAGGACUUUGUUGAUUUUCAAAAACUUACCUGUUUGCUAUGCAAACGAGCAUUUCAGUCUUUGGAAAUUCUGCAGAAGCAUUUAAAAAUGUCCAAUUUGCAUAAAGAGAAUCUAGCCAAAAUUUACACCUCCAAAGCAGUGGGUUCUAUGCAAUCUGAAAGCGAUAAGGAGUCAUCACUGGCAGCAGCUUUGUCUUAUCGCGAUCGGGCCAAAGAAAGGCGAGAAAAGUAUGGAGAAUGUGAUCCACCACCAACAAAUCCCAAUAGGGAACGUUUUGAAAAGGAAAUAAAGAAACUAACAUCUCGUGCCGCAGAAGCUCCCGUUAUGCCAAUUGGUUCAAAUAAUGUGGGCAAUCGACUGUUACAGAAAAUGGGUUGGUCCGAAGGUCAAGGUCUGGGUCGCAAAAACCAAGGACGCACCAAUAUUAUAGAGGCAAAAACUCGAAAAUCAACUGCGGGUCUGGGUACUAACUCAAGUGGAGGCCCCGGUACUGGUGAUGAUUACAAGACGUAUAUUAAGAAAAUGAUGAAAUCUCGAUAUGAAUCGGUAUAGAUACACACAUGCUGCCAAACAGGCGGUUUAUUUCUUUAUGGCUAUACCAA